AUGACGCUCUUCAACUCUCUGCUUUCGGCCGCUCUCCUCGCCGUUUCAGUCCUCACGGCGCAGGCAGACGCGACGCCCCUCGUCGCCAACGGCCUUUCCGCCCGACACCCGCACGUGGGAAUGUCCGCAAACCAUCACGGCCAGUUGCGCAAGCGCGUCUCUCAUCGUCAUCGUGCCGUCUGCGGUGAUAAAAAGCUCGGUCUCGCCGCCGAGUGGAAUGUCGAUGCUUCCCGCUUGGUCUCCCCCCGUACGUGCAUCACGUACAACUGGGAUGCAUCCAACCGUGGACCCUAUGAUAUCCCCGGCUUGAUCUAUGUGCCCAUGGUCUCCCGUUUGGGCAACCUCGACGGCUUUUACGCAAACGUUGUCAACAGGCCCGACAGAAACUACCCCUGGAUCGCCUUUUUGAACGAGGCCAACGAACCAGGACAAGCCAACGUCGACGUCGGAACGGCCGUCGCUCUCUGGCGCCAGCACGCUCUCCCCCUUCGUAACAGGGGUAUCAAACUCCUCUCCCCCUCCGUCACGUCUUCCCCCGAGGGCACCCGCUGGAUUGUCGACUUUUACAACUCGCUCGGGGAUUGGGAGAAGCCAGACGCGAUCUCUCUUCACUGGUAUGGAACCGAUUUCGACUCGCUCAGGAACUAUAUCAACGACAUGUCCGGUCGCUUUGGCGGUCGUCACAUCUGGCUCACCGAGUUUGGCUGCACGCUCUUCCCAUACGUCCCGUGCAGCAUCGACCAAGGAUCGUUUGCUGCUCAGGCUAUCGCCUUCCUCAAUAGUCACUGGGCAAUUGACAUCUAUGCUCCGUUCGGUUUCGUCAAUGACUUGGGAGGAGCAAACGAAGGUGUCCGCCUUAUCGACCCCGGAAGCGGUAACGCCAACUCGCUCGGCUCGAUGUACCUCUGGUCCUAA